CUUUUUCACACGUUGUAAAAUGUGAUAGGCAAUCAGUAACAACAAAAAUAGAAAACACUAUUAAACAUAUGACGUCGCGAGCUCAGAUUGGCCGCUUAAAGUGGAAGAAGUAUAAAUUAGCGUUUGCCUGUUUUAAAAUACAGAUAUCACCCACAUUGUUCCGUACUUGUAAUUCAAUACCCGGAAAUUGUGCGGUUUUGCUGAAUGAUUCACGAUAUGGGAUUUCCCAGAGUUUCAAUUUUAUGUUGAGAAUGGCAUGGCUUGACGUGUUGGGACAGUGGCUUCUGUUUCUGCAGAUUUCCUUGAUCAUAGAGUCCUGUCCUGAUAGAACGUGGAAACACAUCAACAGCGACUGCUUUAAGAUAAUGAGCAGUCCGGAAAUUUAUGACCAAGCAUCAUCGUCAUGUGAACAGGCGGGGGGAGAACUUCUGCCAUAUGAAAGUCGUCAUAUUCUUAUGAAUCUCAACAUCACCUCUCAUAUAUGGUUAGGAAAAUCACAGAAGAAGAAUGCCACCUCUGACUUCGUAUACAGUCAUGAGGACGAACAACGAAACAUAACAUUAACUAAAAAAUGUCCACGUGUUCAUAACACCACAACAAUCACAACUUCUGAUUGUAACGAAAAGCUAACCUUUGUUUGUCUAGCAAUGGAAGGUUCAAAAGGGAUUCAUAUAAAGCUGAUGGUCGCCCUAGGGAUAGCUGGGGCCAUCUUUCUCAUUUUUUUUGCGCUUGUGAUUUGCAGUGCAAAAAGUCGUUUCGAUAGAGAAAAACAAAAUCAAGAAAUCGUGAUCUAUGGCAAAUACACACAUCUACAUCAAGAUGAGGAUGUUAAACUUGAAAUAAUCAGAGAUCACACAGACCACGUGUCUAACAAAACAAUUGUAAACGAGGAAGUACAACCAACAGUAGCAACCAAUGGCGACAUUGUAGAAGAGAGUGUUCGAAUAAAAAACGGGAAAUUUGUACAAUUCUCUUUGCCAUCUGCAGAAUCCGAGCAAAUGAUAAACGUUACAUGACGCGUAAUGAGCUGCUGAUGAAUGGUGCGAUAGCAAUCCAAAUACAAAUCCGGCCGAACAUGCCAAUGUCCUUAAUACUAGUGCAUGCUUAUAUUUGUUGUUAUUAUGGUUAUGUAUAUUUGUUGAUUAAAACAAGAAUUUGUCAA